AUGCCAUUCAAUACUCCAACAGGAUCUGCUGUGGUCGAUAUUAUGAAUGAAAGGAUUUUAAUCAAUUAUAUAAAGAUUUGGUCUAAUAAUUCCAACCACGAAAUAUUGCUUCUAUAUUAUAAUAUCUCAAAACUAAUAUCAAAUACUAUCAUAAAAAGUCAAAGUCGCAGAAACUCAAAUUCUUUCAAAGUCUUUCAAUCUCGAGUAAAUCAGAUAAAGCAAAAUUCAAAUCAAUUACAAGUUCAUGUAAAAAUUCAAAAGCCAAGUAACUCUUCAGACGCAUCAGAGGACUCUUCAAAAGGUUCAUCAGAUAGCAGAUCAUCAUCAGCCAGUACAUCAUCAGCUAUCGGUUCAUCAUCAGCUAACACCCAAGAAGAUCUUCAAUCCAAAAAUCACAAUAUUAAAUCAGAGAUUAUAAUUCUUCAAGAUAAAUUCAGUAAAGAAUCUUUCAACAUUGGUCAUGAUACUCUAGUUGGUAUAUCAGAAGUUUCACCGAGUUCUCAUACUGAUAGAAGGGAUAGAUCCAUCAACAUUGGUUUUUCAAAGAAAUUGAUUAAAAGCAUGAAAUCGAAUGUUGGUAGUUCAAAUGCAGGUGUUAAUGGUUCACCAAUCAUCCUAUUGAAUACUUCAGAAGAAAUCAAUGGUGAUAGAAUCAAAGAGAUUGAACAUGAAUCUGAAAGUUAUAGAAUUGCAAAAAAGAAUUUAGCAAUGGAAAAAGAUUUAGAAACAAAUCUUCUACCUUUAAAAUUUAGUACACUCAAAGAAUCACUCUUAAGAGAUCUCAAAAAUAGAUAUAAUAUAGCAACUAAUGAAAGAAGAAAGAGAAAAGAAAAAGAAAAAAAAAAGGAAAAAGGAGGGGAAAAAGAAAGAGAAAAACAUAGAGACAGAGAUAGGGAUAGGGACAGAAAUAGGGAUAAAGACAGAGAAAGGUCAAGAUCCAAAGAUAGAAAAAAGAAAGAAAAAGAUCAAUUUCAAAAGAAAAAGAUAAAGAAAGAUAAAUAA